AUGUGGUGGUUGUUCGUGGUGAGUGCGCUGAUUGAGCUUGCCGCUGGCGCAGCGUCGCUCUUUUCGCCUAGCUCUAUACCCGCCUUCAACAAGCUCACUACGGGCCAGGGCGCUGAGGCUGUGCGGUGGUGGUCAGUCGCAGUGAUUUCUCUGGGCGCAGCCGCCUUCUUGGUGCGAAAUGCGCCGGACAGCGACGUGGGCAAGCAGGCCAUCGGCUUCGGGAUGUUGAUCUACAACAUCUUCCUCUCCAUCUUUUGCCUCCGCGACUACCCCAAGGCUUCCUCGGUGGGCGUGCUGGUGCACAUUCCGCUGGCCGUGGGCUUCCUGUACUGGCUGAAGACGAGCACCGCCUUCUUCUCCUUCUGA